AUGAUCAUCACCAAGACUGAAAGGAGCCAAGGUGCGACCAAGGCACAGAGCGCGGCCAAGGUACAAAAGCGCUACAAAGAACUAACCAAGCGGAAACCCUCUUCUCCCCCAGUUGCCAAACAGAUCGCACAGGCUUCUGAGAGCGUGGCCAACUAUGAGGAUCAGCUGGCAAAGAUGCGCAAGUUCCUCAACAGCAGCUCCGAGCCGAUCUGCGAUCCCCAGUGGUUUGCAGGCAUGCAAAAGAAGCUCAACUUCACGAUCGAGCAAGGAGCGACGCUCACGGUCUUCAGGAAGCCGUCGGGAGAUGCCACACUUGACGAUCUUGUCGUUCUCGAACGCGAGUGUUUGAGGGUGCAGCGCCAUGAAAACACGUUGCAAGUGAUGGCUCUUAUUGAGCGCACUCUUGCGAGCGAGAAACAGGUACUUGCCAGGCUGCAAGCCUUGUAA